AUGGACACGAAUAAUCUUACUACGGUAACAGAGUUCAUUCUCAUGGGCUUUACUGACUACCACAUGUUGGAGAUUCCCCUCUUCCUGACGUUUCUCAUUUUCUAUAUCGUCACCCUUCUGGGGAAUGUGGGGAUGAUCGUUCUGAUCCAAGUGGAUGUCCAACUCCACAUGCCCAUGUACUUCUUCCUGAGCCACCUCGCCCUGCUGGAUGCCUGCUACGCCUCGGUCAUCACUCCUCAGAUCCUGGCCACACUGGCCACAGGCACGACGGUCAUCUCCUAUGGCCAGUGUGGUACCCAGUUCUUUUUCUUCACCUUCUGUGCAGGCACAGAGUGUUUCCUGCUGGCAGUGAUGGCCUAUGACCGCUAUGUUGCUGUUAGCAACCCACUGCUCUACACUGUAGCCAUGAAUCCUAGAAUUUGCUGGAGUUUGGUGGUGGAAGCCUAUGUCUGUGGGAUGUUAGGGUCCAUUGUGCGUACCACAUGCACCUUCACCCUCUCCUUCUGUGACCACAAUCAGAUCAACUUCUUCUUCUGUGACCUCCCGCCCCUGCUGAAGCUCGCCUGCAAUGACACAACAAACACUGAGAUUGUCAUUGUCUUCUUCGGCAACUUUGUGAUCUUAGCCAAUGCCUUGGUCAUUCUGAUAUCCUACCUGCUCAUCAUCAAGGCCAUUCUGAAGGUGAAGUCUCCAGGUGGCAAGGCCAAGACUUUCUGCACAUGUGCCUCCCACCUCACUGCUGUGGCCCUUUUCUUUGGGACCCUCAUCUUCAUGUAUCAGCGGAGUGGCUCGGGCAAGUCCCUGGAGGAAGACAAGGUCGUGUCUGUCUUCUACACUGUGGUCAUCCCCAUGCUAAACCCUCUGAUCUACAGCCUAAGAAACAAGGAUGUGAAAGCAGCCUUCAGAAAGGUCACUGGUAGACUCCAGGUGUCCCUGAGUGUGUAG